GGCCCCGUGACCCUCGCAGAGGUCCGCUCCUGGCGGCUUCUGCCAGAGCGGCGCGCGGUCUCCGCGGCGGUUGCUGGGUGCCAGGGCCGCUCCUGGGGCGGCGGGGGAUGCUAAAGGAAUUGUAGGUAGGGUCCAUUUUUCUCGACAGUGCCCCUUUCCAGGCCCCGGGGCACCAGCGCCUCGUCCCCCGCGCUGGGUCCCUUCCGGCGGCCGCGGGAACGCCGCUCCCCCUCCAUUCGAGGGAGCGCCCGUCUUCUCCGCCCGACGCGGGGCACAGCCGCGGACCCCUCCUCUCCCCCGACUCGGUCCUUCACGCCCUCGCGUCCCUCGCAUCGCUGCUCCUGUUCGCUGCCUCCUCUCUCUCGUUUUACAGACAUAUAGUGAGACGUCUCCUAACAGGAUACUGUCACUGGAACCCUUAGACAUCUGGAUUACCAGUUACUUCUGAGUUAUACAGUAACUCAAGAAUUGAAAGAUAUUUUUAAGGCAAAGAUACUCUCCUGACACUCAAAGGCAGCAAAAUUCACAGAGAACGUAGAAGUAACAGCAUGUACACCACAGAAUCAAAAAAUGAACAUUUGGAGGAUAAAAACAUCCAUUCAUCUACAACUCCUCAGAUCCCAAACGACAGUAAUGCUAGUGAACGUCAAGAAACUAAGGACACUGUCUUGCCAGAAAUAGAGGGAGCAAAACCACAGAUGGAGAAGGAGAGUUCUUGUCCUCCACGAGGAGCAACGAAUAAAAUUAUUACACAAGGAGUUAUACUUUUUAUGAUAUGGUGUAUAACCUGGUCACUCUCAGGCCCUGAAGUUCUCCCUGGUGGAAAUUUAUUUGGAGUGCUAAUUAUCUUUUAUGGUGCCAUCAUUGGGGGGAAACUUUUGGAACUCAUUAGAGUACCUUCUGUGCCUCAACUUCCACCUCUUCUUGGGAUGUUACUAGCUGGCUUUACCAUCAGGAAUGUUCCAUUCAUCAGUAAGCACGUCCAUAUUAGUAACAUGUGGUCUUCAACUUUAAGAAACACUGCCCUUACCAUUAUCCUAAUACGAGCUGGGCUUGGACUCGAUCCACAGGCUUUGAAGCAUUCAAAGGGACUUUGUUUAAGAAUGUCUAUGGGUCCAUGCCUUAUGGAGGCAUGUGCAGCUGCUGUUAUUUCCCACUUCCUUAUGAAUUUUCCCUGGCAGUGGGGAUUUCUAUUAGGUUUUGUACUAGGCGCUGUCUCUCCUGCUGUUGUCGUCCCUUCCAUGCUGGUUUUGCAAGAAAAAGGAUAUGGUAUUGAGAAAGGCAUUCCAACCUUACUAAUAGCUGCUAGCAGUUUGGAAGACAUCCUGGCUAUCACUGGAUUCAAUACAUGCUUGAGCAUCGUCUUUUCCACAGGUGGUAUACUGGGUAACGUCAUAGCCUCUUUUUGGGACGUACUUGUUGGUGUGCUGGUUGGAACUCUUUUGGGAUUUUUUCUUCGAUAUUUUCCAAGUGGAGAUCAGACGAGGCUUUCGUUGAAGAGGGCGUUCCUGCUCGUGAGCCUGUGCGUGUCUGCUGUCCUGGGCGGCCACCGCCUGGGUCUGCACGGGGCUGGAGGGCUGUGCACGCUGGUGCUGACUUUCAUCGCAGGGAUGAGUUGGUCCAAAGAAAAGAUGAAAGUCCAAAAAAUUAUUUCAACUGUGUGGAAUGUUUUUCAACCCCUUCUUUUUGGUUUGGUUGGAUCAGAAGUAUCUGUUGCAUCUCUUAAGUCAAAUGCUAUCGGCCUUUGUGUUGCCACCUUGAGUCUGGCGUUACUGAUUCGCAUUUCUUCUGCAUUUGCAUUGGUGUGUUUUGCUGGCUUUAGUUUCAAGGAGAAAAUAUUCAUUGCUUUAUCCUGGAUGCCCAAAGCUACGGUCCAAGCUGUAUUAGGUCCUCUGGCUCUAGAAACAGCAAGAAUCAACGCACCCCAUUUGGAAGCAUAUUCGAAGGAUGUGAUGACAGUAGCGUUUUUAGCCAUCUUGAUCACAGCUCCAAAUGGAGCUCUAAUUAUUGGCAUACUGGGGCCCAAACUUCUUACACGCUGUGAUGCAAGCAAAAUAAAAAUGGAAUUGACAGAAUUAAAACUUCACUAAAAAGUUUAUUUGCCAUCACCUGUUUCUUUUAAUGAAUUAUCUUACAUGAGAGAAAAAUAAAGUACAAAUAUGUGGAGAGUGUACGUAGAAGAUUUAAUAAAUAUGUGAUUUCACUACA